GCAGAAGUCAUUUGGUGAUCACAACGGAUGGUCCCUUGGUAACCAUCAUAGCAACCAAACUGACGACCAUUUAGGCUAGGCCUGGCAGUUUGCCGCGUAUUGCAACAGAAAUAAAGUCCUUGUUAAGAAAAUAUGAACAAUCUUUGCUAUGGAUAAUAUAAAUGGAGUUGAAGAGCAGGUGUCUGACCAAGCUCAAAAGCGGUCAGUACCAUCCAGGGGCAGCCAAAGGACCAAAAGUGGAGCUUCUGGUCAGUACUCCUUUACAGAUGAAGAUGUCCCACCUGCUUCACCUGUUACAUUGGCUUCUCUUGAUGAAACAGGCAAGAUGGCAGAUCAAGAAGCUGCAGAGAUUGAUAAUGAUCAAGAGAUAACAGAAGUUGCCAAGUUGAUCCAAAAGAGAAUUUCUCUUGGACCUCUCAAAGCUGAUAAGUGGAAUGAUGAGCAGUUUGAAGUCAUCAAGGGUUUUGUUAGAGAUGUUAGCAAAAGAACACUGAUUUGCUACAUUGAUGCUAUUGCUGGUUUUACUGUCUCAACAAGCUGCCCAGUUUUUCAAGUUGAUGAGCUUCAAUAUUUCAUUCGUAAAGAAGGAGCCCAACUGACAAUUGAAAACAUUGGUAAAACAUUGCAGUUUGGCAAAAUUAGAGGCAACUACAUUGAGAGCUUGCUAAGGAUGAUGACUAGCAUCUAUGGACCACAUUUUUUCAAGAAUACAACAUGGCCAGAAAGCAUCAAGAAUGAUUUUAUAGCCCAUGUCCACAAAUUCAUGGCCACCCUUACUGAUGCAACUUACAAAAUGCAAGGGAAAACAGUUCUUUAUGUUCCCAAUGAGGGAAUUGAUACAAACUUAGAAGAAGCUGCAAGAAACAAAGAAUUUGUGCAAAGGCUUGAAACUGCAAUGAUACACUGGACACGGCAGAUAAAAGAAUUGUUGAACAACCAAGAUGCUCAUGAAACUUCUGAAAAUGCUGGCCCUUUGGAGGAGAUUGCUUUUUGGAGAGGUAGAUGCAAUGACCUUCAAGGCAUUAGUGAUCAGCUGGACAAGCCAGGGGUCAAACAGAUUGUCUCAAUCUUGACAAUAGCCAAGUCAUCUUAUGUUGGCCCAUUUCUCAAGCUAUCAAAACUGAUUCAAGAUGGGUCGAACCAAGCACAGAGCAAUUUGAAAUUCCUUUCAAUACUGCAGAAACCUUGCGGAGAACUGGCACGUUCGGAGCCAAAGGACAUACCGAAGAUCUUACCGGAACUGUUAAGUCUUGUUCGGAUUAUUUGGACAAAUUCCGAACAUUUCAGGAGCAGAGAAAGGAUAACAGGAAUUAUGAGGAAGAUCAGUAACGAAGUAAUUCGAAGAUGUAGCACGAAAAUUUCGCUUGAUGACAUUUUCAACGGAAACACUUUGACAAGCAUCAAAGGCCUGAACGAGAGCAUCAGCUGUUGCCUGGCGUGGAAGGACAGCUACCAGAGGGCAAGCAGGAUGCACCUGAAAUUUUCAGUUUCAGAAAAGUGGGUUUUGGAUCAGACGAGCAUCUUUGCACAAGUUGACGCUUUUGUUCAGAGAUGCAAGGAUUUACUUGAGGUUUGUGACGGGCAGAUGCAUUUCGCAAGAAUGGUGGAUGGACACAAAGUACCAUUGCCAAUAUUCCCAGGGCUCAAAGGACCUGAAAUUGUUCGUGGUCUUAUGGAAAUCGAAGCCACUUUCGAGAAGAACCUACAGAUUCUGAAGAAUGUCAAGCAUGUUAUUCUUGACGUGAAGGCCGCAAGUUGGCAUGACGUAUACAAUCGCUUCCGUGCUGGUGUCAAAGAUUUGGAAGUCAUGAUGCAGAAUGUAAUCAAUUCUGCAUUUGAAACUGUAACAAACGUCCAGCAUGGUGCUGAAAUUUUACGCAGCUUUGUGCAUUUGUCAUCCAGAGAAGCCAUUCGACGUACUAUUGAUAAGCGAACGGUUGAAGUUUACCAUCUCUUCAACGAAGAGCUCAAUGCCGUCAAGAAAGAAUUCAACACGAAGAAAGUACAGCUUCCGCCUCUACACCCAAAAUAUGCAGGUCUUGCAUCGUGGGCAAAGAGCUUGAAGAAACGCAUCGACAAGCCAAUGGAGGUGCUGGAAAAAGCUACUUACUUACCGCAAGUUGGACUUGGUGAAGAAAUUAAAACGCAAUAUCUACAGCUCGCUCAGGCACUUGAUGAAUAUGUGAGAAAAACUUUCAACGAGUGGACUGCAACUGUUGAUAAGGAUAUUGGCAAGCUUUUGGAGAUUCCUCUGAUGGCUAGGAGUGUGGAACACAAUGGCAUGCUUGACCUUAAUUUUGACAGGAAACUGCAGAAACUUUUCCAGGAAAUCCAUUAUUGGGAAAGACUCAUGUUUGAAAUCCCCCAUUAUGCAUCUGAAGUGCACUCAAGGAAAGAAGAGUUGAGAAUUCUCAAAGAGAACGUGCUGUUAGUUGUUCGCGAUUACAACAGAAUCAUUGCCGCACUUUCUCCAGAAGAAAGAGGUCUAUUCCGCGAGCGAAUCCGCUUCUUGGACAAAAGAACGCAUCCUGGUCUAACAAAGUUAAACUGGUCUUUGAAGGGUGCCUCAGAGUACUUCAUCAAUGACUGUCGCGUUAACUGUGGAAAGGUACAAAACAUUGUUGACGAAUACAAAAGUGCCAACCUGAUGGUGGCUAAUGAUUGCAAGACAAUCACGGAAAUGCUUCUUGUCAACAUUGAUGGAAAACGGGUUUAUGACAACUUGGAAUUCGAAGAAGAGCAAAAAAAGCACAGGGAAUUGGUGCAAACUAGGUUGCAUUUGGUAUUCAGUGAAAUUAUCUCGACAAUGAGGAAAAUGUACGAUGUAUUCAAACUUGACGGACCAGAGGUGCAAAACCACUGGUUAAGAUACACGAAGAAAAUGGAUGAAAUGCUGGAAGAAGCUUUCCGUCUAAACGUAAAAUGGUCCUUACAAGAACUGUCUCGUGCCAUUAACGGCGAUGGUAAAAAUCCCCCAAAUCCUCUCUUUCGCGUCAAAGUCGUCUUGGAUGGAGUCAAGGUGGAAUUCUCUCCAACGCUGUCGAAGCUUGCAAGCAUCGUGAACAACACUGCCAAGGAACUGACAACAUGCCUAUCUGUUUUCCCAAGGCUGCCCGAUCAACUGACGCCAGUUCGUUCCGAUAAAGAGCCUAUUUAUGUGGUUAUUGAGAAAGACGAUGAAACCAAAAAAGUGCAAGCCAGUAUUGCAAGUGGCAUUGAAGCCAAUGCCAAUACCUUAAUGAGUUACCUCAGUGUAUGGGACAGCUAUCGAGAAAUUUGGGAGCUGAAUAAAGAAGCGUUUAUAAGACGAUAUGAAAGAUUAAAUCCCCCAGUAUCAUCCUUUGAUGCUGAUAUUGCCAGAUACACCGAAGUGGCAAACAACGUGCAAAAAGAAGAAACGAUUGUGACGCUGAAUUUUGUUCUGCUGGAUUGCUCUCCUUUAAAGUUCGCCCUGUUGAGUCAUUGCAAUGAAUGGCAAAAUGGCUUCACGCGCGUGUUGAAAGAGAUGGCCAUUAAUCGUCUAACUGAUCUACAUGCGUUCCUAAAGACCAACUCAGAAAAGUUGCAAGCAAAUCCUGAAAACCUUGAUCAGCUUGGAGCAAGCAUACGGCUGCUAGAAACAUUGCAAGAAGACUUGCCAAAAACUGAGGCAAGAAUACCCCCCUUGCACGAACAGUUUGCCAUUCUUGAGAAGUACGAGGUCGAUGUGCCUGAAUCGGUGCAACAAAUGCUUGAGGCUCUUAGCAAUGAGUGGGUUGCCUUCCAACAAUGCCUGAUCGAUAGUGACGCCAUGCUGAAGAAGAGCAAAGAGAAGUUCAAAACUGGCUUACUUCACUCGGCGGAGGAUUUGAAGAAAUCUGUCACAGCUUUGCAAGAUGAUCUGAAUUUGAAAGGAGCAUUCAGUGCCAAAAUCCCCGUUAACGAAGCAUUGCAAAAUGUAGAGAACUAUAUAAAGCAAAUUGAUGAUUUGAAGAACCAAGAGCGCACCAUUAGGCAGGGUUUGAACAUCUUCAAGAUCGAGCAGCAGCCAUCGAAAGCACUUCAAAGUCUGGAGAAAGAUGUUGUAAACCUGCAAAGCGUUUGGGUCAUCACCAAAGAGUGGGAAGACCUUUGGCAAAACUGGAAGUUCACCACCUUUUCGGAUUUGGAUACCCGAGACAUGGAAACUACGUCCCAACUGCUGUCAAAGAGGCUUAGCAAAUUAAUCAGGGAAAUCAAGGAGAAAAACUGGGAAAUUUGUGAAAUAACUAAAGGGAGAAUUGACCAGUUCAAAAGAACAAUGCCAUUGAUUCAAGACUUGAAAAAUCCCGCAAUGAGGGAGAGGCACUGGGCUCAAAUUAAGACUGAAGUGCAAAAAGCGUUUGAACACAACGGUGAUUCGUUUACGUUGGAAAAGAUAAUAGAGCUUGGUCUUGAUCAAUACUACGACCAGAUAGCAGAAAUAUCGGCCGCUGCAAGCAACGAGUUGUCUAUUGAACAGGCUCUUUCAAGCAUUGCUGAGGCCUGGGAAGGUCUCUCUUUGGAAAUCAUCCCCUACAAGGACAAGCCUAUUCGUCUAAGGGUAACUGACGAGGUCUUUCAGACUCUUGAAGAUAAUCAAGUCACGCUGUCGACAAUGAAAGCAUCUAGAUAUGUUAAACCAUUUGAGCAAGAGGUUGAUAAGUGGGAACGAACUUUAUCUCAUAUUCUUGAGGUCACCGAAGUUAUUCUAACUGUUCAGCGUCAGUGGAUGUAUCUAGAGAAUAUUUUCCUCGGCGAAGAUAUAAGAAAGCAGCUGCCUCGAGAGUCAGCUGAAUUUGAUGGUGUCAAUGCGAAUUGGAAGGUUAUCAUGGGGCGUCUAAACAAAGACAGGAACGCACUGAGAGGAACCCAUUAUCCUGGUAUGCUGGAGACACUUAGUGACAUGAACAUAAAGCUUGAAGAGAUACAAAAGUCACUGGAUAUGUACUUGGAAACGAAGCGUCAGAUAUUUCCGAGAUUCUACUUCCUCUCUAACGAUGACCUUCUUGAGAUCUUAGGCCAGUCGAAGAACCCCCAGGCAGUGCAACCACACUUGAAGAAAUGCUUUGAUAACAUCAAAUCCUUAAAGAUAGCCAAGAUGGGCAUCACGCAAAAAACUGAAGCCCUUGGAAUGUACUCAGCUGAUGGAGAAUUUGUAGAGUUCAAUCAUUCAGUGCUUCUUGAAGGCCCUGUUGAGGCAUGGCUUUGUGACGUUGAAAGAGGAAUGCGCUGGACUUUGCAAGUUUUAUUAAAAGAAUGUAGACUCGCUUUGAAAAAGGCUGGAACGAAAAGAGAAAAAUGGCUGAAGGACUGGGCAGGGCAGCUACUGAUAACCUCAGACCAAAUUCAGUGGACAUCUGAUUGUACUAAAGCACUGUCUUCGACAAAAGACAAACAGGACAAAAAACCUUUGAAAACACUACGCAAGAAGCAGGUUUCAAUGCUGAGCAAGAUGUCUGAGACAAUCCGUGGCAAUCUAUCGAAGCUCCAAAGACUGAAAUAUGUUGCCCUGGUGACGAUUCAGGUCCAUGAAAGAGACGUUGUGGACAAGCUUCUAAAAUCAGGCUGCACAGAUGUGACAGCCUUUGAAUGGCUCAGCCAGCUGCGACUCUACUGGGACAAAGAUGUAGACGAUUGUGUUGUCAGGCAAACCAACACGCAGUUUCAAUAUGGAUAUGAGUACCUUGGAAAUUCAGGACGUUUGGUUAUCACACCGCUAACUGACAGAUGCUACAUGACGCUGACUACGGCUCUUCAUUUACACCGCGGAGGAAGCCCGAAAGGCCCCGCAGGGACUGGGAAAACUGAAACGACCAAAGAUCUCGGAAAAGCAUUGGGAAACUACGUCAUCGUUGUCAAUUGCUCCGAAGGCCUUGAUUAUAAGUCAAUGGGUCGAAUGUUUAGUGGACUGGCACAGACUGGUGCCUGGGGCUGCUUUGACGAGUUCAAUCGAAUCAACAUUGAAGUAUUGUCUGUGGUCGCCCAGCAGAUUCUCUCAAUUCUUACCGCUCUGACAGUUGGUUCCAAAAGAUUUGUAUUCGAGGGCCGGGAAAUCAAUCUUGUAUGGUCAUGUGGAAUUUUCAUCACAAUGAACCCUGGAUACGCUGGCAGAACAGAACUUCCUGACAACUUGAAAAGCAUGUUCAGACCGAUCUCAAUGGUUGUGCCAGAUUCAGCUUUGAUAGCAGAAAUCAUUCUUUUCGCGGAGGGUUUCAACAACACAAAGGUACUAGCCAAGAAGGUCCACACUUUGUAUUCCCUGGCUGUGCAACAGUUAUCCAAACAAGAUCACUACGACUUUGGUCUUCGUGCACUUACGUCUGUACUUCGCUAUGCUGGCAAAAAGAAGCGCGCCAAUCCAAACAUGAGUGAUGAAGAGAUUCUUCUUCUUGCCAUGAAAGACAUGAACAUUGCCAAACUGACGUCACAGGAUUCGCCGCUCUUCAUGGCGAUCAUACAAGAUCUUUUCCCUGGUACCGAGACUCCUGUAAUUGACUAUGGAAAGCUAAGGCAGUGCAUCGAGCAAGAGCUAAAGGAAGCAAACCUGCAGUGUCACCCAACAACAGUCCUCAAAGUUAUUCAGACAUAUGAAACUAAGAAUUCAAGACAUUCUACGAUGAUUGUUGGACAGACUGGGUCAGGAAAGAGUACUGUUUGGAAGAUUUUACAGUCAGCAUUGUCGCAAAUGAAGAAGGAAGGCCAGCCUGGCUACAAUUCUGUUAAGGAAUACCCGAUUAAUCCUAAAGCCUUAUCUCUCGGUGAGCUGUACGGUGAAUUUGAUCUUAAUACCAACGAGUGGACGGAUGGUGUCCUUUCCAGUGUCAUGAGGCAGACUUGCUCUGAUGAAAAACCUGAUGAAAAAUGGAUUGUAUUUGAUGGCCCAGUCGACACGUUGUGGAUCGAGUCAAUGAAUUCUGUUAUGGAUGACAAUAAGAUCUUGACCUUGAUCAACGGAGAACGUAUAUCUAUGCCGGAUCAGGUUUCCCUGCUGUUUGAAGUAGAGGAUUUAUCAGUCGCGUCCCCUGCAACAGUCAGCCGUUGCGGUAUGGUGUACACCGAUUACACGGACAUAGGAUGGCAACCGUAUGUGGAGUCAUGGAUCGCAAAGAGAAAUGAUAAGGAUGCAGCAGAAAUUCUGCAGAAGCUGUUUGAAAAGUAUGUGGAGAAGGUGCUCACGUUCAAAAGGCAUAAUUGCAGCGAGCUGGUAACGACGUCAGAGCUGAACGCCGUGUCGUCACUAUGUAUGCUUUUUGAUUCACUUGCAACUGAAGAGAACGGGGUUUCCAAGAAUGAUCCUGAUAACUACAAUCGAAUGAUGGAAUUAUGGUUUAUAUUCUCUCUCAUCUGGUCUGUUUGCGCUUCUGUUGAUGAAGAGAGUCGAAAGAAAAUGGACAACUUCUUACGAGAAUUGGAAGGCCAGUUUCCUGCAAAGGACACAGUUUAUGAAUAUUACGUAGAUACCAAACAGAAAUCAUGGGCACUUUGGGAAGAUAAAUUACGUGCUGGCUGGCGCUAUUCAAACAAUGUUCCAUUCUACAAAAUUGUCGUCCCGACUGUUGAUACACUGAGAUACGAUUUUUUGGUGUCAACAUUGGUCAAAGCAAACCGACCUGUAUUGUUGACUGGUCCGGUUGGUACAGGGAAGACCUCAGUGGCACAAAGUGCUCUUGAAAAACUUGAUCCAAAGAUUUUCAACAUACUUACCAUCAACAUGUCAGCUCAGACAACAUCGAAUAACGUGCAAGAGAUAAUUGAAAGCAAAGUAGAGAAGAGAACCAAAGGGGUCUAUGUUCCCAUUGGUGGAAAGCAGCUAAUUGCGUUCAUGGAUGAUCUUAACAUGCCUUCAAAAGAUUUGUUUGGCUCCCAGCCUCCGCUUGAACUCUUACGUCAAUGGCUAGAUUAUGGCUUCUGGUACGACAGACAAAAACAAACAAUCAAAUACGUAAAGGAUAUGUUUGUUGUUGCUGCCAUGGGUCCGCCUGGUGGGGGACGAUCAGUAAUUUCAAAAAGGUUGCAGAGCCGCUUCAAUAUGAUAAACAUGACAUUCCCACAGGAGAGUCAGAUCAAACGAAUCUUUGGUACUAUGAUCAACCAGAAACUUCAGGAUUUUGAAGAGGAAGUUAAAGCCACCGGUGACGUCAUCACACAGGCUACUAUUGACAUUUACAACUCAAUCGUUCAAAAGAUGCUGCCCACUCCUACCAAGAUUCACUAUCUCUUCAACUUGCGAGAUAUUUCAAAGGUUUUCCAAGGUCUCCUGCGUGCUAAUAAGGAUUACCACGAUACCAAAAGUGGCAUUGCCCGGCUUUGGGUGCACGAGUGUUUCAGAGUUUUUGCUGAUCGACUUAUUGACGAAAAUGACAAAGAAUUGUUUGUUGGCUUUCUCAGUGACAAACUGGGCACAAUGCUCGAUUUUUCUUACCACAAUCUUUGCCCCAAUAAAGUCCCUCCAAUUUUCGGUGAUUUCAUGAAAGAGGACGGUGUGUAUGAAGACCUUUUAGACUUUAAAGCCUUGAAAACGCUUAUGGAGAAUCAACUAGAAGAUUAUAAUAUGGAGCCCGGCAUUAUUUCUAUGGACUUGGUUCUAUUCAAAGACGCCAUCGAACAUGUGACUAGAAUAAUUCGCGUGGUUGGUCAACCCAGAGGCAAUAUGCUCUUGAUUGGUGUUGGUGGAAGCGGCAGACAGAGUCUCGCUCGGCUGGCCUCGUAUAUCCUAGAGUACAAGGUUUUCCAGAUCGAGGUGACGCGGCAUUACAGGACAAAUGAGUUCCAUGAAGAUCUGCGAAGGCUCUACUAUCAAGCUGGAGUUGAAAACAAGCCGAGCGUGUUCUUGUUCUCCGAUACUCAAAUUCUGGAUGAAUCGUUCCUUGAAGAUAUCAACAACAUUUUAAGCAGUGGUGAAGUUCCAAAUUUGUACAAGAAGCCUGAAGAUUUUGAAGAGGUUAGGACAGCCCUUGCUCCUGAAGCCAAAAACCACAAUAUACCGGAUACACCAGAGAAUAUUUUCAAGUUCCUUAUCGAGAGAGUCAGAAGCAACCUACACGUGAUUCUUUGCAUGAGUCCAGUUGGUGAUCCCUUCAGAAAUAGACUCAGGCAAUACCCCGCACUUGUCAACUGCACUACCAUUGAUUGGUUCAGUGAAUGGCCCGCCGAUGCACUUUUAGAAGUGGCAGAGAGAUAUCUUGAUAAAAUUGCGCUAAAGGAUGAGGAGGAGAAGGGAAACGUGGCAAAGAUUUUCGCAAUAAUUCACCAAUCUGUUGUAACGAUGUCAAAGAAGAUGCUUUUCGAACUGAAGAGACACACGUAUAUCACACCAACAAAUUAUUUGGAGCUCGUAUCCGGAUAUAAAAACUUGCUUGCGGAGAAGCAAAAGGAGCUUGGAGAUGCAGCCAAUAAACUGAAAAACGGUUUGGAGAAGAUAGACGACACACGAAAAAAGGUGGAGAUCAUGUCAGUAGAGCUUGAAGAUGCCAAGGUGAAAGUAGCUCAGUUUCAGAAGCAGUGUGAAGACUUCUUGGUAGAUAUUGUGCAACAGAAGAGAGAAGCUGACGAGCAACAGAAGAUAAUUGCAACAAGAAGUGAGCGAAUUGGUGAAGAAGAAGCCAAGUGCAAAGCGAUAGCAAAGAAUGCACAGGAAGAUCUUGACGAGGCCUUGCCUGCCCUAGCGGAGGCUGUUAAAGCACUGGAAUCUUUGAAUAAGAAAGAUAUAACAGAAAUCAAGGCAUAUGGACGACCGCCACCACUCGUUGAGAAGGUCAUGGAAGCUGUGAUGGUACUUAAAGGCAAUGAACCUACCUGGGCAGAGGCAAAGAGAGUUCUUGGUGAGCCAAACUUUAUCAAGCAACUUAUAAACUAUGACAAAGAAAAAAUGAGUGACAAAGUUUUGAAGCAGAUUGGAAAAUAUUGCUCGCAGCCUGAUUUCCAUCCAGAUAUUGUCGGCAGGGUGUCACUAGCCUCUAAGUCGCUCUGUAUGUGGGUACGUGCAAUGGAGGUUUAUGGAAGAAUAUAUAGGGUGGUUGAACCAAAGAAGCAGCGAUUGGCAAAAGCCCAAUCAGAGCUAGAAGAAAAGCAAAGAUCUUUAGCAGAAGCCAAAGCAAAGCUCAAAGAGGUCAAUGACAAAAUUGAAACUCUGAAGGGUAAUUAUGAAGAAAAAGUUGCGCAGAAAGAAGAGCUUGGCAAUAAAGCAAAACUGCUACAGCUGAAACUAGAAAGAGCAGGAAAGAUUGUUUCUGGUUUGGGAGGAGAAAAAGAUCGAUGGGAGGCCAGUGUUGAGGUUUUGGAACAGAAUAUUGGGUAUCUUACUGGCGACUGCCUUGUAGCCGCUGCAUUUUUAUCGUACGCUGGCCCCUUUUUGUCACAUUACCGAGACGAGUUGGUGCAAAAGACCUGGCUCGCACAAGUUCGUCUUCUCCAUGUGCCCUGCAAUCCAGAAUUUUCAUUCGCCAGUUUCCUUGCCAAGCCGACUGCCGUUCGAGAAUGGAAUAUCCAGGGACUGCCUUCUGACUCGUUCUCCACCGAAAACGGUGUCAUUGUGACCCGAGGGAAUAGGUGGCCACUUAUGGUCGAUCCCCAGGGACAGGCAAUUAAAUGGAUAAAGAACAUGGAGAACAAGCAAGGUCUCAAGGUGAUUGAUUUACAGCAGGCAGAUUAUUUGAGAACAUUGGAAAAUGCAGUCCAGUUUGGCAAUCCUGUUUUGCUGCAAAAUGUGCAAGAAGAACUUGAUCCAUCUUUGGCCCCGAUUCUAAACAAAUCUGUAGUCAAAAGAGGAGGGAGAUACACCAUCAAACUUGGGGACAAAGAAGUAGAGUAUAACCCAAAAUUCAAGUUCUACAUUUGCACAAAGUUGUCUAAUCCACACUACACUCCAGAAAUAUCAACGAAAACGACGAUUGUUAAUUUUUCAGUGAAAGAACAAGGCCUAGAAGCGCAACUACUUGGUAUCGUAGUCAGAAAGGAAAAACCUGAACUUGAAGAGCAGAAAGACAGUUUGGUGAUAAAUAUUGCUAAAGGAAAGCGAAAGCUCGAAGAGCUGGAAGACGAAAUUCUCAAACUGUUAAGCACAGCUCAAGGUUCACUGCUAGACGAUGAGCAGCUGGUGGACACAUUGCAUUCAUCAAAAACAACUUCAACGGAAGUAUCAGUUCAACUAGCAGACAGCGAGCAGACUGAAAUAAAAAUUGAUGCCGCUAGGGAGGGCUACAGACCAUGUGCACAGCGGGCGUCUAUAUUGUUUUUCGUUCUGAAUGAUCUCGGCAGAAUUGACCCAAUGUACCAGUUCUCACUUGACUCGUACAUUGACUUGUUCAAUAAUUCUAUUGAUAAAAGCAAACGCAGCUCAAAGUUGGAAGAAAGGAUACAAAAUCUGAAUGAGCACCACACAUAUGCUGUAUAUAGGUAUACUUGCCGUGGACUGUUUGAAAGACACAAGUUGCUGUUUUCGUUCCAAAUGUGUGCCAAAAUACUAGAAGCGGCUGGAAAACUUAACAUGGAUGAAUACAAUUUCUUCUUAAGAGGAGGAGUGGUUUUGGAUAGAGAGGAACAAAUGGAUAAUCCCUGCUCAACCUGGCUCUCUGACACGGCAUGGGACAAUGUGACCGAACUUGAUAAGCUUGCAAACUUCAGAGGAGUCGUUGCCUCAUUUGAGCAAUAUCCGCGUGAUUGGAACAUUUGGUUUACCAAUGCAACACCAGAAACUGCACAGUUGCCAGGAGAAUGGGAGAACGCGUGCAAUGAGUUGCAAAGAAUGCUGAUCGUCCGUUCCUUGCGACCUGAUCGUGUAUCGUUCUGUGCUACCUCAUUCAUUGUGAACAACCUUGGGUCCAGAUUUGUUGAGCCGCCAGUCUUAGAUAUGAAAGCAGUGCUUGAGGAUUCUACUACCAGAACGCCUCUUAUUUUUGUCUUGUCCCCUGGUGUGGAUCCGACGAGUGCAUUGCUUCAGCUGGCUGAGACAUCAAAUAUGAGCAACAAGUUCCAUGCAUUGUCUUUAGGCCAAGGCCAGGCUCCGAUCGCAACGAGAAUGAUCAAAGAAGGGGUUCAUGAGGGAAACUGGGUCUUUUUGGCAAACUGUCAUUUGUCACUAAGCUGGAUGCCGCAACUGGACAAGCUAGUCGAGCAACUGCAAGUAGAAAAACCACAUGAUGACUUCCGUCUUUGGCUUAGUAGCAGCCCACACCCUGAUUUUCCAAUAUCAAUUCUACAAUCGGGCAUCAAAAUGACCACCGAACCUCCAAAGGGACUUAAAGCAAAUAUGAAGCGUAUGUACCAGCUUGUCACUGAUAAUCAGUUCGCAAGAUGCCACAGGCAAGACAAGUACAAGAAACUGCUGUUUGCACUUUGCUUCUUCCACAGCGUUUUAUUGGAACGGAAGAAAUUCUUAAACCUUGGUUGGAAUAUCAUGUACAGUUUUAAUGAUUCUGAUUUUGAGGUAUCAGAGAAUCUGCUCAGCAUCUAUUUGGAUGAGUACGACGAAACACCAUGGGAUGCGCUGAAAUACCUGAUUGCGGGGGUUAAUUAUGGUGGACACGUUACUGAUGAUUACGACAGACGUCUCCUACUUACUUAUAUAAAUGAUUCCUUCCACGAUGGCUGUAUCAACACACAGUUCUACAAAUUAUCUGGCUCGCCACAAUAUUAUAUCCCAAAAGAUGGUCCACUCCAAAGCUACAGAGAAUUCAUCAGUAUGUUGCCUAAUGUUGACACCCCAGAGACAUUUGGGCAACAUCCAAAUGCAGAUAUUGCCAGUCAGAUAAGGGAGACCCGAAAUCUCCUUGAGACAUUACUGUCAUUGCAACCAAAAAUAGCCACAGGUGUGCAAGGUGGUAGUAAGGAAGACAAGGUCUUGGAGCUGGCAGCUGAUGUUGGAAAAAAAGUGCCAGAUCUAAUUGACUACGAGUUGACCGCGAAAAUCUUGUCUGAGGAUCCUUCCCCACUCAAUGUCGUACUUUUGCAAGAGAUAACAAGGUAUAACAAUCUUCUGAGCACAAUCAAGAAAUCGCUUGAAGAUUUGGAGAAAGGCAUCAAGGGAUUGGUUGUGAUGUCAUCAGAUUUGGAGAACACUUUCAACUGUAUUUUCGACGGACGCGUUCCACCUCUCUGGGAAAAGACCUAUCCAUCCAUGAAGCCUUUGGCGUCAUGGGCACGAGACUUGGUUUCGCGUGUUCAACAGUUCUCAAAAUGGGCCACGACAGCGCACCCUCCUCUCAUAUUUUGGUUGUCUGGUUUUACGUUCCCAACUGGAUUUUUAACUGCAGUUUUGCAGACUUGUGCUCGCCAAAACAACGUAUCUGUGGAUAGCUUGUCUUGGGAAUUCAUUGUUUCUACCGUUGACGAUGGGAACAUCACCCAGCAACCGACAGAUGGAGUCUGGGUCAAAGGCUUGUAUCUAGAGGGAGCUGGCUGGGAUAAAAGAAACGCUUGCCUCAUUGAUGCAGAGCCCAUGCAGCUAGUCUGUCAAAUACCGACUAUCCAUUUCAAGCCAGUAGAAAACAAGAAGAAGACUGGUAAAGGAAUGUACAACUGCCCUUGCUAUUACUACCCGAACCGAGGCGGGGAGUCAUUUGUUGUUGCUGUUGAUUUGAAAGCAGGAGCCGUAAAUGCGGAUCAUUGGAUAAAGAGGGGCACUGCGCUUCUUCUUAGCCUUGAUGAAUAGGGUUAUAACAGACGUGGCAUUUUGUUUUGACUUUCAAAUGUGGUUUUGGAUUUUAUAUCUGUGGAGUGCCUGCAGAUUCAAUUUUUUUCUUGUAACGUUUUAUUCUUGGCUUAAUUAGUGCACCUUCUGAGACACACUUGAAACUAGCACAAAAAUAUUGUUCAGUCAAGCUAGUUUCAUCUAUCUUGCUUAUGCAUCAACAGGGAAUAUUUUCUUUAGUGUUUUUCAUCAAAUUUUCAGAGAUAGCAAUCACCAGGUUUAUGAUUAAUUAUCUUCAAAUCUAAAAAAGCCAGUAGAUAUUUAAAACUGUAUCAAUCUGAGAAUUUGCUAUCACAGGCUCCAAAUUAUUAGACCUCUAAUAUAUUCCAAAUUUAUAAAUUUGCCAACAGUAUUUUUGUGCUAGUUUUCAUGUGUCAACAAUCAUUCUUCGACAGUUUUUGUAAAUAAAACCAGUUAUAUCUUCCUUUUGGCCAUUGUAAGUACUUCAUGUAAGGUUAAAUCGGUUUAUAUGAUCUAUCACCAAAUUCUACAUUACUUUCAUCUUAGUUGUCAGUCCUAGGUUUCUACAGAGAAACAGAAUCUGUCUGUAGCCCUUUGCUAGCCUUAAGCAGUAGAAAAAGCCUUGUAUCAGCUGGCAGAUACUGUGUCCAUAGAUCUGUCAGUUCGGUUUUAGGUCUUACUAAAGACAAGAUUAAUUAGUUAUAUGUAAAUAAAGGCAAGGCCACGGUAGCAGGCUGCUUGACAGACUCCAAUGGAACAUAAAUUAACACAAGCAAAUCAGUAGCAGCUAUUAUUCACCUUAGCAUACGGGGCUUCAUCAGAGCUUCAUACAUUAAUUAGUUACUUGUGGAAAGUGUGACUUGUUGAUCCAGUCUUGAAUACAGCAAGUUUUUGCAGGUCAUGUCAACUUUGCUCGUUCG